ACAUCACACCAGCGCUCUCCCCCUCUCCCUCCCAGCACGUGAGGUUGCCGAAAUUGCCGGGCUCAGCUGCUAGAAUGUUCCUCAUGAAGGCCGCGCCAGUGGCGGCUCUCAGAUCCAAAUGGGAGCCCUUCGGCCCGCCGGGCACCUGCAGGCUCCCGGGGUGCUUCCCAGAGCCCCCCGAAGCCGUGGCUAGUGCCUCGGUGAGCGCCAGAGUACAUAUGAUCAUUAGCUCACUGCAGCAAGGCGUGAGCCAGGAGCCGCCCGCCACACUCCGGAGCCACAGGGCAGAGCGGGGCCGCGAGCCCAGGCCAGCCGGCCGCCCCUCUGCCCACCGAGGGCAGCCCCUGCUCGCCGCCACCAGCCCCCAGGAGCCCUCGGCGCUGGAUUCCGACAGCGACGACUCUGUGGACCGUGACAUUGAGCAGGCCAUUCAGGAGUACCUGCGGGCCAAGGGUGGAGCCGGCGGCAGGUACGGCGCACAGCCUGCUCGGCCCAGCACCCAGGCUCCUCCAAAACUCACAGCCAACCCCGGCGGCCAGACGGGCGAGGAGGGCAGCGAGGCCCAGGGCUCCGCGUCCCCCGGGAGCGUGAGCAGUGACGACUCCUUCGAGCAGGGCAUCCGGGCCGAGAUCGAACGCUUCCUGAGUGAGAAACUGCAGGAGACACCCAGGUGGGUCACGCCGGAGGAGCAGAGAGCAGAGCCCAGCGAAGCCCCGGCCAGGGCGGCGCCGAAGCCCGGCAGGGAGCCGUCCGCCAAGGCACCGCUGCGGCAGGAUGCCACGGCAGCCUCCAAGGAAUUCGUCUUCCGCAAACCGCCCCGGUGGGCCAAGGCGAACGGGCAGCCCAGGGGCCUCCGGGCGAAGGGCACGGCUGCACCCGAGGCCAGGUUACCAGCCCCCAGGCCCGAGGCAGCACCUCACAAAGGCAGCACUGGCCAGAGGCCCCCGCGCAGCCAGAGUGCAGCUGCAGCCCAGCGGGCAUCCGACUCAAGCAGCGACGAUGGCAUUGAGGAGGCCAUCCAGCUGUACCAGCUGGAGAAGAGUCGGAGGGAGGCUGGCACGGGCCUGGCUGUUGACAGCGCCAGGAGCGCCUUGGCCGAGGCGCCGCGGAGGACGCCCGCCAGGAAGAAGCCCGGCUUCGUGAAGGCCACCGACUCGCUGAGCCCGGACGCUGAGCAGCCGGCCAAGCUCCCGAAGGCCGGCAGGGCCGUCCCAGCCCCCGGAGAGCCAGCAGCCAGGAGCCAGGGUGCGGGGCAGCCCUGCUGCCGCGCUGACGUGCCCGCUGAGCUGCUGGGCCCCGAGCCCAUCCUGCCCGGCCCUGUGGAGCCCAGCAGCCCCCCCUGCCCGCCACCCCGGGCCGAGCCCGACCGCCCUGACGACGGCAGCGCCGUGGACAGCGAUGACAGCAUCGAGCAGGAGAUCCGGACCUUCCUGGCCCUCAAGACGCAGGCCAGGCAUCCGCUCACCAGAGCCGAGGGCGGCCCGCAGCCCGCCCAGGGUCCCCCUAGCCAGCCCCUGCCCUCAAAAAGCCCGGACCGGUCACCGCACUGCAGGAGGAGGCGUGGCGCCACAAGGCCCUUGGCGUCCAGGAAAGCCAGGGAAAUGAAGGACAGUGGCCAGGGCCGGGCUCACCCCGCACUGCAGCCGCCUGCUGAGGCCUGUAGGCAGCCUGUCCCCGCCAGGGCAGCCGGGCUCGGGGACGCCCAUGGGCCCCAAGGCCACGAGAAGGCGGAGGAGCAGGAGAGCUCCGAGGACAAGAGCAGCUCGCUGGACAGCGACGAGGACCUGGACACAGCCAUCAAGGACCUGCUGAGGUCCAAGAGAAAGCCCCGGAGGAGGGGCCGGGACCCCCGGGCCUCGGGCCAGAAGAAGGUCCGGUUCGGCACGGCUGAGACCCAGAGCUGGGACAAGCUGGGCAGCAUGCGGGGCGACCGGAGAGAAAGCCCGCAGGUGCACAGGAGCUGCCUGCCCCCGUGUCGGAGGGACUGCACCACCGGCCCGCCCAGAAGGGCCCCCGGCGCCGACAGAGGCACGCCCGAAGCCGACCGAGGCGCGCCCAACCCCGCUGUGGCAGGCGAGGGCACGCUGCCCGCAGGCCGGCUGCGGAGCCGAGCCCCUAGAAGCAGCCCGCGCAUCUGCGAGGCCAAACCCCAAGACCGGCCUCGGCCAGCCCCUGGCCCCCACACCCCGUCCGACGACACCAGCUCUGUGGACAGCGACGACAGCAUCGAGCUAGAAAUCAGGAAGUUCCUAGCAGAAAAGGCCAAGGAGUCAUCCUCGGUGGGCUCGGCCGAGGCGCAGACCGGGGAGCCGGGGGCACUGGCCCCGCAGCCUGGCGUGUGCACACGCAGCCGGAGGGCCAGGGGUGCCCCGCCAGCAGCUGGGGUGCAGAGCGCAGCCACCCUGCUCGCCCAAGGCGGGAAGGGCACCCCCUUCGCGGAGCCCAGCCUGGCUGCCACUCUGGCUGGAUGCGAGCCAGCAGCCCCGCAGCUCACGGGUGGCGCUGUCACUGCCAAGGCUUGCCCCGGGGGCAGGAACGGCGCCUGCACCUACAGAGACCAGAGCCCUCGAGGGGCUGAGCCUGCCGCCGACAGCAUGCCCGGCCAGCCGCCCAAAGCAGCCACCUUCCCCGGGAACUUCGGGAGCCAGGGCCUGCUGAGCCCCAGCCCGGGGCCUCAGGCCGACCUCGCCCUCCCCUGGAGCGACUUUGGCCGCCCGGGUCGUCUGCCCAGCCCCUGGCCGCUGAACUCGGAGGGCAGAGGCCCAGCAUGGACCGCAGGCCUCAGAGCUGAGAGUGAGAAGGGGGCUGAGGGGUCGGCCCGGGGCUCCCCCGGCCUCACACUAGACCCCGGGAAGAGCCUGGCCUUCGGUGGCUUCUCCCCGCUGUUGUCCACCCAGCUCUUCCAGUUCGGAAGGGGCGUCUCCUGGGGCACGCACACCGGCCUCUUCAGCACCCAGCUGGGGCUGCCCCCGCAGGGCCCGCCCUUCGCUGCCUUUGGGGCGGCCCCGGCUGGGCCCAGCCCCGUGUUUGGAGGUCCUCACCUGCUCCUGAGGAAGGAAGGUGGGUCCUGGCCAGGCAGGAGGCCACCCACCGGGCUCAGCUCCCACGACGGGAGGAGCAUGGGCCACACGGACGUGAGGUGCCGGCGCGAGGCCUUGGACCCCGACGAGCAGGACCAGGAGGCCUUGGGCAGUGAUGCCAGCGAGUGUAGCGAUGCGUCCAUGGAGGGUGGCGUGGGGUGA